GUUGACAUGUGGGUAACCCGGUAACAGAUGACUGUCAAAUUUGGUUGGCAGUUGGUAUUAGUACGGAAUUUUUAUGAAUUUUUCCCGAAUAUUUGGAAAAAUGGGUAAAUUUUAUGAAUUGAAGCCAAUAAAAUUAGGAUGUGAAGUUAGAGGCGUAGACCUGAAGACAGAAAACAGGCAAGAGGUUAUCGAUGAGAUAAAGAAAGAUGUUGCAGAACAUAGAAUAUUAAUAUUCAAAGAUCAAGGAGUGAUUUCUGGUCAGAGGCAUGUGGAGAUAAGCAAGUGGUUUGGAGAGCUGGAGUCAACAUUCUAUAAGCAUCCAAAAUCACCACAUCCAGACGUUUUUAGAGUUUCCAAUGUAGCCAAUGAAGGCUGUGUAGGGGUUGGUCGAACUGGCUGGCACAUUGAUGGUUCUUUCCAGCCAGCUCCAUUUGCCUAUUCUUUAUACCAUAUAGUGUCAGUGCCAAAGAAAGGCAACACAGUCUUUGCACCUUUGACAGAACUGAUUGAAGGCCUUAGUACUGAAAAGAGAGCAGAGUGGGAGAGAUUGUGGAUGGUCAGUGACAGACGCAGUGGUCCAAUACAUCCUCUUAUCUAUACUCAUCCAGUCACCAAGAAGAAGGUUCUUUGUUUUCAUCUUGGUAUGACAAAUAAUUAUCUGUGGGACAAAGGAACUCCUAAUGAGCGUUUUGCUACAGAGGAAGAAUUUGAUCGCAUUACGAGAGACAUACAUAACGAAUUUGUUCGGGAUGGUGGAAAAAUACAAUAUUCUCACAAGUGGGAGGCAGGAGAUUUCAUCAUUUCUGACAAUCUUGCUGUUGGUCAUGAAGCCAGCCCCGAAACACAGCUUCCACACAGCGAAGUUGGACUACGUGUCAUGCAUCGUACAACUGUCAAAGGAACGACACCUCCACAAAAGUGAACAGCUUUAUUUAUGAUACAUUCUAGAAAUUAUCUUAAAGAUUCACUGAGAUGUUUUAAAGUUGCUAGUAAAUGAAGAAAGAUUUUUAUUGUUUUAGAAGUUGCUCUCUGUCAGAGUUAAAUGCGGUAUAUACAUAGCGACUAUAAAGAUCAUCAAUAUCUUUCUAGACUUUGUGAAAAUUAUAAUUAAUACUUUUAUGCUUUCAUA